AAAUGAUAAAUGCCGUCUCUGCUGAGAGCCAUCUUCAACGUGGACCCAGAUGAAGUUCGCUCCCUCAUAUUCAAAAAAGAGGAUGUCAACAUUCAGGAUAAUGAGAAGCGGACGCCUCUGCAUGCUGCAGCCUACCUGGGAGACGCUGAGAUCAUUGAACUGCUCAUCCUCUCAGGAGCCAGAGUUAAUGCCAAAGAUAACAAGUGGUUGACUCCUCUUCACCGAGCUGUCGCCUCUUGUAGUGAGGAGGCAGUGGCGGUGUUGCUGAAGCACAGCGCAGAUGUUAACGCUCGGGACAAGAACUGGCAGACGCCGCUCCACGUAGCAGCUAGUAACAAGGCGGUACGCUGUGCUGAGGCACUGGUCCCGCUGCUCAGCAACGUCAAUGUGUCUGACCGGGCAGGACGCACUGCCCUGCACCACGCUGCAUUCAGUGGUCAUGUAGAGAUGGUGAAGUUGCUGCUGUCCAGAGGAGCCAACAUCAAUGCAUUUGACAAGAAGGACAGGAGAGCCAUCCACUGGGCAGCCUACAUGGGUCACCUGGAGGUGGUGAAGUUAUUGGUGGCCAGUGGUGCAGAGGUGGACUGUAAGGACAAGAAGGCCUAUACCCCACUCCAUGCAGCCGCCUCCAGUGGCAUGAGCAGCACAGUGCACUACCUGCUGGGCCUGGGAGUCCAUGUGAACGAGGUGAACGCCUACGGCAACACUCCACUCCAUUUAGCCUGUUACAAUGGACAGGAUGUAGUGGUCAGUGAGCUGAUCGAGGCCGGGGCCAACGUCAACCAGGUGAACGAGAGGGGGUUCUCUGCUCUCCACUUUGCUUCUUCCUCACGCCAGGGAGCACUGUGCCAGGAGCUGCUGUUGGCACACGGAGCUCACAUCAACAUGCGGAGUAAGGAUGGUAAGACUCCCCUCCACAUGGCAGCUACCCAUGGCAGGUUCUCCUGCUCGCAGGCGCUCAUUCAAAAUGGAGCUGAGAUUGACUGUGAGGACAAGAGCAGAAACACUGCCCUUCACAUCGCUGCUCGCUACGGCCAUGAGCUCAUCAUCACAGCACUCGUCAAACACGGAGCCAACACUGCCAAGAGAGGCAUUCAUGGGAUGUUCCCGCUACACCUGGCAGCUCUCAGCAGCUUCUCAGAUUGCUGCAGGAAGCUGCUGUCCUCAGGAUUUGACAUAGACACCCCUGACGACUUUGGAAGGACCUGUCUACAUGCUGCUGCAUCUGGAGGGAACCUGGAGUGUCUGAACCUGCUGUUAAACAUAGGAGCAGACUUUAACAGGAAAGACAACUUUGGAAGGACUCCACUACACUAUGCAUCAGCUAACUGUAACUACCAGUGUGUGUUUGCCUUGGUGGGCUCCGGGGCAAGCAUCAAUGAGCUGGACCAGAGAGGCUGCAGCCCUCUUCAUUAUGCUGCUGCAGCUGACACGGAUGGAAAAUGUGUAGAAUACCUGCUGAGGAACGACGCUGAUCCAGGAGUGAGGGACAAGCAGGGCAACACUGCGGUGCAUUAUUCUUCUGCUUACGGACGCACACUCUGCCUGGAACUGAUGGCGAGUGAAACACCUCUUGAUGUGCUAAUGGAGACAUCAGGAACAGACAUGCUGAGCGAUUCAGACAGUCAGGCUCCCAUCAGCCCACUCCACCUGGCGGCUUACCAUGGACACUGUGGAGCAUUAGAGGUCCUCCUGUCCUCCCUGCUUGAUGUGGACGUUCGCAGCCCAGAGGGCCGGACACCCCUCAGCUUGGCUUGCUCGAGGGGUCAUCAGGAGUGUGUCUCCCUGCUGCUGCACCACAGCGCCUCACCUAUGACCCGUGACUAUUCACACAAAAAGACGGCUAUACAUGCUGCAGCUAUGAAUGGCCACCCAGAGUGCCUGCGCCUGCUCAUGAGCAACAACGACCAACACAUUAAUGUGGACAUAAAGGACACCAACGGACAGACACCACUGAUGUUGGCAGUGCUAAAUGGACACACAGAGUGUGUGUACUCCCUGCUCAGUCAAGGAGCCAGUGUGGAGGCUCAGGACCGCUGGGGCAGGACAGCCCUACACAGAGGGGCGGCGACAGGGCAGGAAGAGUGUGUAGAGGCCCUUCUCCAGCGGGGUGCCAGUAUAUGUGUGAGGGACAUUCGGGGCCGCUCACCUCUUCACCUGGCAUCUGCUUGCGGCCGGGUCGGUCCCCUGGCUGCCCUGCUGCAGACUACCAACUCCUCACACACUCAAUCACACCUCACUGACAACCAGGGCUACACUCCACUGCACUGGGCCUGUUACAACGGAUAUGAUGCGUGUGUGGAGGUGUUGUUAGACCAGGAGGUUUUCAAGAAGAUUAAGGGCAACUCAUUCAGCCCAUUGCACUGUGCUGUUAUGAACGAUAACGAGGGAGUGGCCGAGAUGUUAAUUGACUCCCUGGGCACCAACAUCGUCAACACCAUUGACACUAAGGGCAGGACCCCCCUUCACGCCGCAGCUUUUUCUGACCAUGUCGAGUGCGUCUCCCUGCUGCUGAGCCAAGGAGCUCAAGCCAAUGUAGUGGACGCGCACGCGCACAGGACACCCCUGAUGAUGGCUGCUCUCAAUGGACAGACCAACGCUGUGGAGGUGUUGGUGAGCAGCACCAAAGCAGACUUUACACUACAGGAUAACAACAGGAACACAGCCUUACAUCUGGCUUGCAGCAAGGGUCAUGAGACGAGUGCCUUGUUGAUUCUAGAGAAGAUCAGCGAUAGGAACCUCAUCAACUGCACCAACACUACUCUCCGGACGCCCCUGCAUGUCGCAGCCAGAAAGGGCUUGACAGUGGUUGUCCAGGAACUUCUGAGGAAAGGAGCCAGCGUGUUAGCAGUGGAUGAGAAUGGUUACACUCCAGCUCUAGCCUGCGCUCCCAACCGUGACGUUGCUGACUGCCUGGCCCUCAUUCUCAACUCCAUGAUGCCCACCUCACCUAUGGUCACCAUAGCAACUUUGCCCGCGCUCUCUCUUACUCAAACAGUCAUCAACCACCACCCCUCCUCCAACCACAUCUCCAAAGGCGUGGCCUUUGACGCCCCGCCUCCUCUGAGGCCUGAUCACGCAUCCUACUGCAGGCCGGAGCGCCCGCUGUCCUCCAUCUCUGGUGAUGACGAACUGAAUGACUCAGAUUCAGAGACAUACUGAAGACACACCCCUGCUACGGGACAGAAACCCACAAGUCUGGCAGGCUAGCCAGCCACUCAGGAGCCUUAAUAGAUCACUGACAAGGGACAAAGGAGGGAGAAAAUGGAGACAGUGUGCAGAUCUUUUUACAUUUUUUUUGGUAAGCCUCCAAAUCCAAGAUGAAAUAAUGUUGUAAACCAGAUGUUUGUUUCCUUAAGGUGUAUACCUGUGUGAAAGUAAAUAUACUAAAUUAUAGAGUAAGGUGAAUACACAUUACAUUUCUCUCAGCCAGUAUCACUGUAUGGUCAGUAAAAUGGCCGGUGUCUUUUUAAUUAUCAAGCAAUGUCAUUUUUCUUUUUAAAUGAUGCUCCUCUAUGCUGAUAUCUUUUUGGAGUUGUUUCAAGCCUUUUCACAGUUUUCCUUCAACUAUUAAUACAAAAGCAUUUACUGAAGAAAAGCUCAGAGGACUACGAUUGUCUACGGGAAAGAGAGAGGGACAAUCUAAUGGGACCAGAUGAUAAAUGAACUGUUUUCCCUACUGUACUUUUGAGUUUUUAUUCUCCUUGAAGCUGUCACGAUAGACACGGAUGCCUGUGACUUGGUAAUACCAGGUCCAUGAUUUUGAACAACUUCUCAAUUCCUAGAAGAGGAAGUCAUCAUUGAAUCCUAUGAAUUUAUUCUGAGUGGAGAGAGAGACUGAAUCCUUGGGAGCUGAUUCUGACAGCAGGUGGAUGUAAGAACUGUUUACUGUUUGAUCGGUUCAGGAGUCGGUUGGCGACGCGAAUGAGCAACAAUGCUGUAACUACUUAACGUCUGUGUACUGUACUGGAGACAGGGAAAAGUGGCUGACACUGUAUCUGUGUGAGAUGGCGUGUGUGUGUUCGUGUGAGAGUGAGAAAGAGAAAUUAAUAAAUAUUGCCUUUUUAGGAACAAGUAACUUUCAGGCAAAGGAUGAACACUUCUUGGUGCAAUGUUUGUAAAGAUUGAGUAAUGAAUGAAAUAAAGAUAUUUGUUUUUAA